ACUCAACUAAGUACUCUUGCACGUCUGCACUCGCAUAUUUUCCUUUUUUUUUUUUUUUUUGUGUUCAUAGUGGCCCAGCGCGCAUGGCUGGACGUUUAAGUCGGGUACCACGCUUGACGCUGUUCUCGGGACCGCAGUGCUCGCUUUGUGAUAUUGCCAAAGCUGAGCUCGCCAAAGUCCGCCAGAAGCGCGAAUUCGAGCUUCAGACGGUUAACAUUCAAGACGCAGACCAGGAGGAGUGGAAGCGAAAGUAUGUGUAUUGGAUCCCUGCGCUGCACAUAGACGGCAAAGAAGUCGCGAAAGGACCAGCAGCAACAACAGGCUUCUUCUGGAGCCCCUAUGGAACCAACCCAGAGCUCUUGAAGUACGAGGUGCCCGAGUACACGCGUUCUGUACACGCGACGCUGGGCUCAGAAGACGAGAUUAUCGCAGACGGUCCCGACGCGCGUCGCUGCUUCAAUUGCGGCUCCACCGAACACAUCCUCUCUGACUGCCCCGAACGCCGCAAUCGCGAGUUGAUUGCGCUCACACGACAGUUAUACGACUUCUUUAAAAGUGACUGGUCUGGCCCAAACAAACGCAUCCACGAGUUUGAGCAGUGGAAGAAGCAACGCGUCGAGUGGCUGGAGAUGUUUGAACCUGGGCAGAUCAGGAGUGCGGAGCUGCGGGAUGCGCUAGAUAUCCCAGAUGGCGAUGUAGGCGAGUACGUGCCAUGGCUGCGCAAUAUAGCGGACAUUGGCUACCCGAAGGGUUGGAUUGCUGAAGAAGAUCCUCGAAUACGUGUUUGGAGAAGAAUCACGGGGAAAGAUAAUCCAGACGGUACCUCUGAUGAAGACGAAUUGGAGUUCUCAAUUCAUGGCGAUACCCAUGAGAUGCUGACCCUGCCCACCAGGACUGGUCUGGUGGCACAAGACUCGAUACGUCCGGAUGACAAACGCACAGAAUCUUUAGGAGACUCGCCGUCGAACGUCGAAGAAGGCGAAAUAUCCGAGUCUUCGACGACCGACGUGGUGCGCAGAUGGGCGAACUAUCCCGAGACCUACUUCUCCAACUCUCAACUUUUCGUCUACAUACCACCACCUCCACAACUCGGGCUUGAGCCUUUGGAUGAUCUGAUAAUGACGUACGACAGCACAGCUCAUGGACAUUGGACUGAUUUCGCCCAAUUCGUCAUGCCGUUCCUCCAACCUCCCGCGCCGCCUAGCUCCCCACCACCGCUUCCGCCGCCUCCGAGCUCUUCCCCACCGCCGCUUCCGCCUUCGCCACCUCCUGGGUCUGUUAAUCUACCUCAGCCUCCCCCUUCUCUUUCUCCCCAGUCUUUGACGAAGUCAUGCAUCAUAACCUCUAAUAGUUUUGAUAGCGAGUCCGACAUGGAACUAUCGGACUCCGAUUAAGCGAUAUCUCCGCUUCCGCACUUGUACGUAGCAAUUCUUAUAUCUUUAGGCAUUCAGUAUGCAGCAUCAACCUCAUGUUAUGUUCGGAAACUGGCGACCAUCUCUGCAGCUCGUGAACAUGAACAGCUCCCUGCAACAUUGGGCUACAAUACGCAAGCGCCAAAUGUCGGUUGCUAGCGCAACGCCACAAGGGCGCUCCCC